AUGAAAGCAGUUAUCAAACGACAAGAGGCGGAGCGGUGGGAGGGCGCCGUGGCUAAAAGGGAAGGCAGCGGUCCGACUUGUUCUUUCGCAGCCGCCGUCGCUGUCCUCGGCCGCCUCUGCUGCCGAAUGCCGCGAAACGUCGUCGUUCAGCUCGGCGCCGUCCUCGUGUGAGUUUCCAGGCGGAAGCAGGAAGCCGCGGCACCAACUUCGCAAACCGGCUUCUAAUCAUUUCUCGGCCUUGAAAAAACAUCUUCCAAAUUUCUUCACUUCUAAUCAUCACAAUCGCAGAAACACCUAUCUUCUCAUCCACAGAUCUCAAAAAAACAUUUUUCGAAGGAGACCAUGUUUUUAUUGAAAAAUAUAAGGCUCAGAUCCUGAGACAAGGUGCAGAAAAACUAACUCGAAAAUGCUGAUGGUUUCCUUUUUAAACAUUUUUUGAAAUUGAAUUUAGUUCGUUCAAAAAAAAUAAAUCUUCUGCGAAAAUUUCGAUUUUUAAAAGGGCGCACAAACUCUCAGUUUUGAUUCUCAAAUCAAAAUUUCAGGGUUUUGGUGAUCACAACGUCGUCAGGAAGGACGCCAUUCUUUGAUUUGACGGUGUACAACGACUGGCCGCAGUUCGAAGAUUAUGUUCGCAACGUCGCCGUCGACAAUCCGGCGUUUGUUCAGCUGCGGCAGAUCGGAAAGUCGCGUGAGGGACGACCUCUUCUCGGCCUCAAGGUUCUUUCUGAGCUUUCUGUUGAGCAAGCUCUUUUCAUACUCCUCAAAUAGAAAGACUUCAGAUCGGAACGCCUCCGAAACCCGGAGAGCAAAAAGUCGCCGUAUGGUUAGACGGGGGCAACCACGCCAGGUUUUUUAUUUUUUUUUUUUAUUGUGAUUCUUUUUCCUUGUAGAGAAUGGCCCGCGUUCCAUGUCGCGGUCUACUUUAUCGACAAGGUCACUUUAAAGUAUUUUUUCUCUUUAUAAUUGCAUUAGGCCAACCGAAAAACCAGCUCAUUUGAAAAAAAAAAAAUGACUGAUCUGACUCAAAAACUGUCAAGAAACGUUUGAGAAGCUGUUUUCAACCCUUUGUUAGCACGUAAAUACAUAAAAAUAUAUAUUGCUAACACUUUGAAACUAAAAUUAUACUGGAAGCGUCAUAAUUGAUUGAAAGUUUAGUUUCCAUUAUUAUUAUAAUGGUAUUAUAACAAUAUAAAUUUUUUAGACCUGUAUACCGGUAUGGUAUACCUGGGGUUCAGUCUUUUAUUUUUUCACUAAUUGGUUGAUUUUUAUUUGUUUUCCGAAGAUUUCAUGUAUACAAAAUUUUUUAAGAAUUUUUUUAAAUCAGAGAGAAGUUCAGCUAAUCUUGUGUGUUUCCGAAAAUUUCGGCAUAUUUGAAAUAACCAUAUUAGAAUGUUAACUUUCUCUUUAGUUGCAAACAAAAAAAUGAUUUUCAGCUGGUCAAUGGCUUCAUGGUUGACCAAAAAAUUACGAACUACCUCAAGAAGCUGGAUAUUUACAUAUUCCCAGUGCUCAACCCAGAUGGCUUCGUGUUUUCGAGAACUUCCUCGCGAGCUAUGGUAAAUACUGGAGAGCCACAUCAACUCAUUCAUUGUUCAAGAUUCGGCACUGGCGGAAAAACAAAGCACCAGAAAACUGUACGGGAAGAACUUUUUAUCUUUCUGAUGUUUGCUGUGAUGGCGUCGACCUGAACCGCAACUACGACAUUGGGUUACAUCAAAUUUGGCCAGUCAUCACGUAGAAUAGCCACUCAAAUAUCGUUUUUAGUUACUAAUCGCACUAGUAGAGAGUUCAUAAGGUUUCUUUUUGAGCUAGCGCCUCGGAAAGGUUUAAAUAAACUUUUUCCACUUUGCGCGUGAGAAUAUAUACUCUGUAUUGACUUUUAUUUGAAAGAGAUCAAUCAUCGCUAGGUUAUUUCCAAUGUUUGAAUAGUUUCGUUUUUUGAUAAUUUCUCAAAGAUUUAGAGUAGUUCUUUUUUUCUCUCAUGAGAAACAAAUUAAUUCUAUAUAAAUAAAAAGAAAAAUGAAUAGUUUUUUUAAAUAAACGUUUGGCCAGCACUGUCAAACCAGAAGGUAACUGAAAAGCGUCUCAUUAGCCUCCAUCUGGUCAGUCUUUGAUAAUAGGAUUGGAGUUGCAGAUUCAGCCAGAACAACUACCCGUUCAACAACCCGUGUUCCGACGAAUACCAGGGACCUCGUCCAUUCAGCGAACCAGAAUCUAGGUAGGUUGGUUUUUGAUAGGAACACCGCUGAGAAAUAAUCGCAUUUUACACUUUAGAAAGACGAGAAAAUUUCACGUUUGCGACCGUCGCCCUCGCUUUCGGUUUCGCUAUAAAGUGUUUAGGCAAAAAAGCCGAUUCCUGCUUAUGGGAUAGACAUCAAGAAUAUACACCGUUAUAAUUGAUCACUUAUCAUUUUGAGAGAACGGUGCGACCUUGACGUUCAGACUUUCUGUUUCUGUUUUUCUUUCGCCACAGAAAUAUUUUAACAUUCUCGAACGUUUUUUGCUUUGAAGAAGAUGUCAAAAAACAUUACUUUUGAGAUUUUUCGGACGCUCAGGUGAGUUAUUGAGUAAGAAAGUAUUUUAUGCUUUCGAUUGAGUUAUGAGCGUUAAAAAACAGUGGAAAACUUGAUGGAAUUGGUUCAUUUUGAGCCGCCAUCUUCGAAGGUUUCUGAGGAAAAAAGUCGAAGACAUGAGAAAAAAAUUUAAUUUUUAUAAAAAAAGAAUCACGAUUCGUAUAAAAAAACAAAAAGUUAAAUGUUGGCGACUUUCCUGAUUUCAAAUUUUUUUAACGAGAAGUUUUACUCUAAUGCCGAGUUUUGAACUUGCUCAUAUAUAUUUCGAAUCCGAAAAACUAAAGAACCGGAAUCGACUCCUAGUUGUCAAAUAUAAUUUAAAAAAACUAGAACAGCGCUUGAGGUUAAUAACGAGUGGAGGGUCGAACGUUUUGAAUAUAAAUAUAUGUAGGAGAUUUACGAAAGGAUUUUCUACCCUAUAGAGCUUAGCAGAUAGUUCCAAUCCAUACCAAUUCUUCCGACACAAUAUUAUAUUCAUAUUGUGACUCAGAAAACUAUUGGAUCAUUGAACUUUUCUUUGGCAGGGCUGUGCGAGACUUCGUGAUGUCGAAGGAGAUUUACGGAAGACUUUACGCCAUGGUUUCCAUGCACACACACGGACAACUCUGGAUUUUGCCCUAUAAUCACCACAAAAGAACGUAUCCGGAGGACUACAAAGAUCUGGUGAAGAUCACAUUAUAGUCUGUUCAGAUUUUGAAUGUCAAGCAGCUAACUCCACCCCAAGGCUACAAUAACUUUCGCGUCAAUGUUUUAUCUACAUAUGCCAAUGGCCCUUUAAUAAGGCUGCUUUUUUGACCUCCUUUUCUAUCUUUCAGAUCGAAAAAGAUCAAAAUAAGUCCCGCGCGAUGAAACAUCGACGCGAAAAGGUACCGUCUCAGCAGGGGCGGAGUUAGCUGGUUGACAUUCAAAAUCUGAACAGACUAUAUGAUGCUCAUAUGACGUUUUUCUCUAAGAUUUGAGUGUUUACCUCCCGUAUUGGAAAACAAUGGAAUUUUUUUGUGAACGUGCAAAUUUCAUCUUAACUGAAACAUUUUAAAUACAGGAAAAACUCGCCAAAAAAGCGGCAGACACUGUAUACGCCUACAGAGAGACUCAGUAUCGAAUUGGCACAGCCGCAGAUAUGUUAGGUUUGGCAUACAGGAAAUUAUUUUUGAACGGAAAGUUUUAGGGACUGCAACUGGAGGAGCUACAGAUUGGGUGAAGAAGAACACUCCGACUAAGUACGUCUACGUUCUAGAGCUUCCCCCAGAUAUGAAGAGUUUGGCGAGAUAUCCAAUAAUAACUUACAUGAAUUCUUUCAGCUUGGUUUGCGUUCCAAAUCAAACCGCACUGGCUAAUUCCCAUAGGAAAGGAAACAUGGAUUGGAAUAGAGGUUUUUUUAUUUCUAUUAAAACUUUGAAUUAUUUAGGUUAUACUGGAUCAAGUUCUUGAAGAAACAAAAAGGAGCGAAGCUGGCAAAUUUAACCACUUCCAGUUAA